AUGGCCACCGUCAACCAAGCAGCCCAGACGCUCAAAGCCCUCCACAAGCCCGGAUCCCCCCUCGUCCUCUCCAACAUCUGGGACACCUCCUCCCUCAACGCCAUCGUCUCCCUCAACUCAGAAUCCUCCAAGCCCGUCAAGGCGCUAGCAACAGCCUCAUGGGCCAUUGCCGCCUCCCUCGGCAUCAAGGAUGAAGAGCUCACCAUGUUUCAGAACCUCGAGGCCAUCUCCCACCUCGCUCCCCUCGCAGAAAAGGCCGGUCUUCCCCUGUCGGUCGACCUGCAGGACGGCUACGGAGACUACAUCAUUGCUGCCGUCACGGCGGCCGUGGAGUACGGCGCUGCGGGCGCCAACAUUGAGGACAGCAUUCCGUCGGCCGGCUUCGGCAAGGGCAUCGACGGCUCUCUCUACAAGCUCGAUGAUCAGGUCGCUCGGCUCAAGCGUGCCUUUGACGCCGCCAAGGCUGCCGGUGCGCCGGACUUUGUCGUCAAUGCUCGGUGUGACGUUUUCCGGCUAGAGGAUUCUGCGUUGAGCCACGAGGCUCGCCUAGCCGAGGCCAUCAGGCGCGGCAAAGCAUAUCUCGAGGUUGGUGCCACCACCAUCUUCUUUUGGGGCGGGCCUGGACAGGGCUUGAGCAGCGAGACUGUCAAGACGCUGGUCAAGGAGCUGGACGGAAAGGUCGCUGUCAUACUGUCUAGACAACCGGGGGGUCUCACCACGAGUGAGCUUGCUGGUCUGGGGGUUGCGAGGAUCAGCGUCGGGCCGAGUCUGUACAUUGCUGCGCUGGAAGCCAUCAAGUCCAAGGCUUUGCAGAUGUACUCGGGAGGUGGCCUGGCAUGA